AUGGGGCUAAGAGUGGCCAGCCUCUUCCUCCUCUGGCUGGCUCUUUCCUCUGCUAAUGAAAUUAAAAAAGGAAGGACAAGAAGCCAUGGCCACUAUGUCUGCAGCACUUGGGGAAACAACCAUUUCAAGACUUUUGAUGGAGACAUAUACCAGUUCCCUGGCGUUUGCGAGUAUAAUUUUGUUUCCGACUGCCGAGAGGCUUACAAGGAAUUCUCUGUCCACAUCCAGCGUGCUCUCAACAGCAAUGGCCAUCCUGAGAUCGAGUAUAUUCUGUUGAAAAUCAAGGAUAUAAUGGUCUACCUCAAACCCAACCUGGUUGUGGUGGAUGGGCGGAUUGUGAAGACACCUUACUACACCUCUGGUGUCCUCAUUGAGAGCAAUGAAAUUUACACCAAGAUUUAUGCCAAACUAGGCAUGGUUCUGAUGUGGAACCAGCAGGAUGCCUUGAUGGUGGAGCUGGACAACAAAUUCAAUAAUCAUACCUGUGGUCUCUGUGGGGAUUACAAUGGCAUUCAAAUCUACAAUGAGUUCAUCAAGGGAGAUGCAAGCUACAACUCAAUUACUUAUGGGAAUAUGCAGAAGAUCAGCAAACCCAACUCCAAAUGUGAAGAUCCAGAUGAAACUCAGGCUCUUCCAAGCUGUAAUGAGCAUCGCGACGAGUGUCAGAGGUUGCUGACUUCCCCUGCAUUUGCUGAUUGUCGGCUACGUCUUAAUUUGGAAAUGUACAUCCAAGCCUGCAUGCAGGACAAGUGUGCCUGCACUGGGAAGAGUGACUCCUUCUGCCUCUGCAGCACCAUCUCCGAGUAUUCCCGCCAGUGCUCCCACGCGGGUGGCCGCCCGGGAGAAUGGAGGACACAGAGCUUCUGCCCCAAGACCUGUCCUGCUACCAUGGUCUAUAAAGAAAGCAGCUCACCCUGUGUGGAUACUUGCUCACACUUGCAGAUCAGCAGCCUUUGUGAGGAGCACUACAUGGAUGGCUGUUUCUGCCCUGAAGGGACUGUGUAUGAUGAUAUCAGUGAAAAAGGCUGCAUCCCUGUUAGCCAGUGCCACUGCAAACUCAGUGGAAAGUCGUAUGCACCUGGAGAAAGCAUUUCCAAAGAAUGUGAAGAAUGCACCUGUAAUUCAGGCAGAUGGACCUGCAAAGAUCUACCCUGCCCAGGCACAUGCUCAGUGGAAGGAGGUUCCCAUUUUACCACCUUUGAUGGGAAGAAAUACACCUUCCAUGGAGACUGCUACUAUGUGUUGGCCAAGGGUACUGCAAAUGAGAGUUAUGCUCUCCUAGCAGAACUGGCUCCCUGUGGCUCCACAGAAAAACAGACCUGCUUGAAGACUGUUGUGCUGUUAGUGGAUAACAAAAAGAAUGUGGUGGUUUUCAGAUCAGAUGGCAGCGUGCUCCUGAAUGAGAUGACAGUGAAUGUGCCUCAUGUGUCAACCAGCUUCUCAGUAUUUAAGCCUUCUUCCAACUACUUUGUUGUACAAACUCCUUUUGGGCUUCAGAUGCAGAUCCAGCUGUUUCCAGUCAUGCAGCUGUUUGUGACUGUAGAACAAUCACUUAAAGGAACACUUCAAGGUCUUUGUGGAAACUUCAAUGGAAUGGAAGGUGAUGACUUUAGAACAACCAGCGGGCUGAUUGAGGCUACAGGAUCUGCCUUUGCCAACACAUGGAAAGCUCAGUCCACCUGUGCAGACCAGGCAGAAAAGCUGGAAGACCCCUGCAGUCUCAGCAUUGAAAGUGCAAAUUAUGCUGAGCAUUGGUGCUCUUUGCUGAGAAACCCAAAGGGUCCUUUUGCAAGAUGUCACAUAGCCAUUGAUCCUUCAGAAUACUAUAAGAAAUGUAAAUAUGACACCUGCCUCUGUGAAGACAGUGAGGAAUGUUUGUGUGCUGCCUUGUCCUCUUACUCAAGAGCCUGUGCUUUCAAAGGGAUCAUACUGGGAGGCUGGAGAAAGAGUGUCUGCAGUAAUGAAGAGUCUUCUUGCCCAGGAAAUCAAGUCUUCCUUUACAACCUUACAAUGUGCCAGCAAACCUGUCGCUCCCUUGCUGAUGGUGAAAAGUAUUGCUUGCAAGACUUUGCUCCUGUGGAUGGGUGUGGCUGCCCACCUGAUACAUACUUUGAUAACCAAGCUAACUGUGUGCCCAUCUCCCAGUGCCCAUGUUAUUACAAGGGAUCAUACCUGGAACCUGGGGAGUAUUUCACAAAAGAUGAAGAACGCUGUGUUUGCCGAAAUGCAAGGAUCCAGUGCACUUCAGUGAAAAUAAGAAUGAAAAGUGAGAAAGAAUGUUCUUCUAACAAGACAUACUUUGACUGCAAUGCACUCUCGAAGUGGACUUCGCAAACACCUCUACAACUCAGCUGUCAUACUCCUCAAACCGAUCACUUCCAGGCAGAGUGUGUCUCAGGCUGUGUGUGCCCUGAAGGUCUAUUUGAUGAUGGCAGAGGGGGUUGUGUUGAGCAAAAAGAUUGCCCAUGCAUUCAUAACAAUCAGUGGUAUUCUUCUGGACACAAGAUAAAAGUGGACUGCAACACCUGCACCUGCCAGAAAGGGGUUUGGAAAUGCACAGAUGACGUGUGCUAUGGGACUUGUAUGAUAUAUGGAAGUGGCCAUUAUAACACUUUUGAUGGGAAAUUCUAUGACUUUGACGGGAGCUGUGAAUAUGUGGCUACUCAGGACUUCUGCGGUGACAAAAAUUCCAGCGGCUCAUUCAGUAUCAUCACAGAGAAUGUCCCUUGUGGAACUACAGGAGUCACCUGCUCAAAGGCUAUCAAAAUGUUCCUAGGGAAAACUGAACUGAAAUUGGAGAACAAAGAGUACAAAGAAAUUCAGCGAGACGUUGGUGAUGAUGUGCAGUAUUGGAACAGGACAGUCGGCCUGUACCUGGUUAUUGAGGCUAGCAAUGGUGUGAUGCUGAUCUGGGACAAGAAGACUACAGUUUUCAUCAAGCUGAGCCCUGAUUACAAGGGCAAAGUGUGUGGUCUGUGUGGCAACUUUGAUGACAAGGCAAACAAUGACUUUACAACAAGGAGCGGACUGCAGGACAACAAUCCUCUGAAUUUUGGAAACUCCUGGAAACAAUCUCCCAUGUGCCCAGAUGUCACAGAAGAGAUUAAGCCCUGUGAUCUGAAACCACACCGGAAGUCCUGGGCAGAGAAAGAAUGCAGCAUCAUCCAGAGUGAAAUCUUCAAAAUUUGUCACUCCAAGGUGGACCCACUUCCUUACUAUGAGGCUUGUGUUCAUGAUGCCUGCUCCUGUGACAGCGGUGGGGACUGCGAGUGCUUCUGCUCUGCAGUUGCAGCGUAUGCCCAAGAGUGCAUCAAGGCUGAGGCCUGCGUUUUCUGGAGAACUCCUGAUAUCUGCCCAAUAUUCUGUGACUACUACAACCCUCGCAAUGAGUGUGACUGGCACUAUGAGCCUUGUGGCAGUAAUAUCACAACCUGCAGGAUGAUCAAUAAUGUCAGCACCAACUUUACAGUACCAUUACUGGAAGGGUGCUAUCCCAGAUGCCCUAAGGACAAGCCUAUUUAUAAUGAAGAGACAAAGCAAUGUGUGACUGAAGAUCAAUGUGGAUGUUACCUUGAGGAUGGAACCCAUGUACCCCCUGGGGAAGAAGUACUCACAAAAGAAAACUGUACAAUAUGUGUCUGUCUCCCAUCAGGAUCCAUACAGUGUAAACCAGUCCCAGGAUGUCCUUGUGUCAUCAAUGGAACAAGUUAUGAAGAGGGUGCUACUGUGGGAGUUGUACAGGACGGCGACACAUGUACAAGAUACAUUUGUGCAGAAAAUGGCUCUGUAGUUCCUGGUGAAGUCUAUCCUUGUCCAACAUCUUCACCUACAACCAUUUCAACCUCCUCCCCUCACAGUACUCUUACCACCACCACCACAGUUUCCACUACAAGCCACCCAGUCACUACAACUCCAUGUGUAGUCACAGAACUAAUCUGUGAUUGGACUGAAUGGUUUGAUGUUAGUAAACCUGAAGAAGGUGGUGGUGACUUCGAAACAUAUGAUGAAAUAAGAAAACAUGGAAACAAAAUAUGUACAACUCCUGAAAAAAUUGAAUGCAGGGCUAAGGAUAAACCUGAUGUGAGCUUAGAGGAACUUGGUCAGAAAGUAGAAUGUAAUGUUAAAUAUGGGCUAAUCUGUAGAAAUGAUGAGCAAGAUGUAACUAUGUGGCCACUUUGCUAUAAUUAUGAAAUCAGAGUAAACUGUUGUGAGUGGCAAGAAAUUCCUUGUGAGCCUACAAUUACACCUACUAUACCUUCAACCACCACCCAGACAACAAUAGCCAGCACCACUACAACCAGGAGUUCAACAGAAGUUACCACCAUGCCCAUACACAUCCAUUCUACCACAUCCCCACCUCCACCCACACCAAGCACACCAAAGUCGACAACCACUCCCUUGCUGCCAGAGACUCCCACCACCACCACCAGCACCCCGACAACAACAUCCACUGUUACUGGAUCACCAACGCCCACCUCAACUACUUCAAGCACAUCCUCACCAACACCAACAUACACCACCACCACACCAACUCCAGGCUCACUGAGCACAGCAUCCCCUCCACCAGAAUGGACAACCACUUCCAUGUCACCAGAGACUCUCAGCAGCACCAUGACCACCACUACCAGCACCAGCCCCAGCCCCAGCACCACCACUGGAGCACCGACGACAACAACAACCGUUACAACAACCAUCCGAACUCCUGCACCGUGUGAGUGCAUCUGGACAGACUGGAUCGAUGUGACUUACCCAGAUGGUUCUGACAGGAAUAGUGGUGACUACGAAACCUUUGAGAACAUUUGGAAGAAAUACCCCUCCUGGGAGUGUGCAAAAGUUGAGAACAUUUCAUGCCGAGCAGAGAAAUUCCCUAGCUAUUCCAUUGCAGAUUUAGGGCAGAAAGUGGAAUGUAAUGUUAACGUAGGGCUCAUCUGUAACAAUAAAGAUCAGCAGAUAGGAGGUAUAAUACCGAUGCCAGUCUGCCUCAACUACGAGAUCAGUGUCUGCUGCAUCCCCAACAAACCAGAGUGUCUUCCACCUCCAAGCACCACGAGCACCACAACUUCCACAGCUGCACCCACAACGAGCAGUGUGUCUCCUCCAAUAUCAACCACUGCUCCAACGUCAACACCAGUGGAGAUUCCCGGCCCUACCCCGACCCCCAGCAGCACCACCACCACCACAAUGCCUUCCAGCAGCACCACCACUAGUGGCAGCACCUCACAGACCACAACAACUGCUCCUGUCUCAACAACACCCGUUUCAACUACUUCAAGCACAUCCGCGCCCACACCAACAUACACCACCACCACACCAACUCCAGGUACUUCUCUGAUCUGUGCUCUCAUGCACACCAAGCACACCAAAAUCAACAACCACUCCCUUGCCACCGGUGACUCCCACCACCAGCAGCAGCCCUCCAGGCACAUCAACAACAACAACCACAUCAACAACGGUUACUGGGUCACCAAGCACCAUCUCAUCUCCUGGAACCCCACCUCCACCCACACCAAGCACACCAAAGUCGACAACCACUCCCUUGCCGCCAGAGACUCCCACCACCCCCACCAGCACCCCGACAACAACAUCCACUGUUACUGGAUCACCAACGCCCACCUCAACUACUUCAAGCACAUCCUCACCAACACCAACAUACACCACCACCACACCAACUCCAGGCUCACUGAGCACAGCAUCCCCUCCACCAGAAUGGACAACCACUUCCAUGUCACCAGAGACUCUCAGCAGCACCAUGACCACCACUACCAGCACCAGCACCAGCACCAGCACCACCACUGGAGCACCGACGACAACAACAACCGUUACAACAACCAUCCGAACUCCUGCACACGAGAGUCCAUACUAAGCACGUGUGAGUGCGUCUGGACGGACUGGAUCGAUGUGACUUACCCAGAUGGUUCUGACAGGAAUAGUGGUGACUACGAAACCUUUGAGAACAUUUGGAAGAAAUACCCCUCCUGGGAGUGUGCAAAAGUUGAGAACAUUUCAUGCCGAGCAGAGAAAUUCCCUAGCCAUUCCAUUGCAGAUUUAGGGCAGAAAGUGGAAUGUAAUGUUAACGUAGGGCUCAUCUGUAACAAUAAAGAUCAGCAGAUAGGAGGUAUAAUACCGAUGCCAGUCUGCCUCAACUACGAGAUCAGUGUCUGCUGCAUCCCCAACAAACCAGAGUGUCUUCCACCUCCAAGCACCACGAGCACCACAACUUCCACAGCUGCACCCACAACGAGCAGUGUGUCUCCUCCAAUAUCAACCACUGCUCCAACGUCAACACCAGUGGAGAUUCCCAGCCCUACCCCGACCCCCAGCAGCACCACCACCACCACAAUGCCUCCCAGCAGCACCACCACUAGUGGCAGCACCUCACAGACCACAACAACUGCUCCUGUCUCAACAACACCCGUUUCAACUACUUCAAGCACAUCCGCGCCCACACCAACAUACACCACCACCACACCAACUCCAGGCACACCUCCAUCCACCCUGAGCACAGCAUCCCCUACACCGCCCACCACGUCCCUGGAGACUCCCACCACCACCAGCACCAGCACCAGCACCACCACCAGCUCUCCGGGCACAACCACAACUGUUACUGGGUCACCAACACCCACCUCCACUACUUCAAGCACAUCCUCUCCCACACCAACAUACACCACCACCCUAUCAACUCCAGGCACACCUCCAUCCACACUGAGCACGCCAAAAUCAACAACCAUUCCCUUGCCGCCGGAGACUCCCACCACCACCACCACCAGCCCUCCAAGCACCACAACCACUGUUCCUGGAUCAACAACAACCAUCUCAGCUCCUCAGACCCCACCUCCACCCACACCAAGCACACCAAAAUCAACAACUGCUACCUCGCCGCCGGAGACUCCCACCACCACCACCACCAGCCCUCUGAGCACAACAACCACUGUUACUGGGUCACCAACGCCCACCUCAACUACUUCAAGCACAUCCUCACCAACACCAACAUACACCACCACCACACCAACUCCAGUCCCAUCUUCAUCCACACCGAGCACACCAAAAUCAACAACUCUGCCAACAGAGACUCUCACUUCUACCACCAGCCCUCCGAGCACAACAACCACUGUUACUGGAUCACCAACGCCCACCUCAACUACUUCAAGCGCAUCCUCACCAACACCAACAUACACCACCACUACAACUCCAGGCACACCUCCAUCCACACUGAGCACGCCAAAAUCGACAACCACUACCUCGCCGCCAGAGACUCCCACCACCACCAGCCGCACCCCGACAACAACCAUCACAACUCCUGAAGAUAUUAUCACCAUAACCCGGCCGGUUCCACCCACUGAAGCAAUAAAGACACCAGAACCAGAGAGGCCAACAACAACAAGCACUCCAGUUACUCCUUCAGUUACCCCACUGCCAACAACAAGAACAACAGAAAUUAGUACAGUGUCUACUGCAAGCACCACUAGUCAACAGUCAACACCUCAAGUGUCAACAAGCCCAUUGACAGCUACCACAUCUGCAGUCACUGAAACAGCAUCAACCACCAGGAUCACCACUUCAGGCCCCACACCCUCAAGAUCCACCAGCACCACACCAGUAACAGAAACACCUGUCCAUGAGACCACGACCACCAGGAUCCCAAGCCCUCCAACAGGAUUACCUACCACCACUUCCAGCCCUGGCACCACCACAACCGCGGGACCAAGCAGCCCUACGGGAACACAACCACCAAUAUCCACAACCCCAUUCACUGGAACAGCAUCAACCACCAGGAUCACCACUUCAGGCCCCACACCCUCAAGAUCCACCAGCACCACACCAGUAACAGAAACACCUGUCCAUGAGACCACGACCACCAGGAUCCCAAGCCCUCCAACAGGAUUACCUACCACCACUUCCAGCCCUGGCACCACCACAACCGCGGGACCAAGCAGCCCUACGGGAACACAACCACCAAUAUCCACAACCCCAUUCACUGGAACAGCAUCAACCACCAGGAUCACCACUUCAGGCCCCACACCCUCAGUGUCCACUCUCCCCACCACCACAGUAGGAACAGAAUUAAGUACCCCAAGCACAACCUCUGCAACUGUUACUACUCCAACAACAUCAUCUACAUCAACCAGCCCUGUGUCCACCACAACCUCUGGAGCUGCUCCAACAACAUCACCUAUAUCAACCAGCCCACUGUCCACCACCACCUCUGGAACUACUCCAACAGAAAGCUUUACCACCACUUUAGGAACCACCUCUAGUAGUUUUAUCACAAUCAAUGCAACAACCACCAUCUCUACCACCUUCAAAACCCUUCCCCCUCUCUCAGCUACUACAUCUGGGCCUACUGCAACAUCAACUGCAGUCACCACUACAGGAAGUUCUACACACAGUGCAACUCCUCCAGUUAACGGCUCAAGUUCAACUACAGGUCUAACACCAACCACUCCCAAAAAAACUUGUACAAUUUUCCCUAAUGAAUCUUAUGAGCAAGGUGACUCAUGGAUGCUCUGUAACUGCACUAAGGUUAUAUGUAUAGAAGACAACAUUGUCCAGGUGAUUCCAAUAAUCUGCAAUCCACCCCCAAAACCCACGUGUGCAAAUGGACUUUCUCCUGUGCCAGUCAUGGAUGAGGAUGGAUGCUGUUGGCACUGGGAGUGUGAUUGCUACUGCACUGGCUGGGGAGAUCCACAUUACAUGACUUUUGAUGGACUGUACUACAGCUAUCAAGGGAAUUGUACAUAUGUCCUUGUGGAAGAGAUCAAUAAGAAAGUUGACAACUUUGGUGUCUACAUUGAUAACUACCAUUGUGAUGCACGGGAUGUAGUGUCCUGUCCUCGAACGCUCAUUGUGAGACAUGAGACUCAGGAAGUGAGGCUAACAACAGCACAACCAAAUACUCUACAAGUAGAGGUGACAGUAAACAACAAGUACGUUGCUUUGCCUUAUAAGAAGUUUGGUGUGAGCAUCUACGAGUCAGGCAUAAAUCGUGUUGUGGAAAUUCCUGAGCUGAAAAUGAAUGUGACCUACAAUGGCUUGUCCUUUUCUAUCAGAAUGCCCUACAGCCUGUUUGGCAACAAUACCCAGGGACAGUGUGGUACUUGCAAUAACAACACAGCAGAUGACUGCAUGCUGCCAAAUGGAAACAUUGCAGAACGCUGUGAAUCCAUGGCAGAUCAUUGGCAAGUUGUUGAUCCUUCAAAACCACAGUGCUCUCCAGGCCUAGUUCCUACAAGUUCACCUAGCACAACACCAACACAGCCUUGCAAAGAAUCAUCCAUCUGUGAGCUUCUUUUGGGAAGUGUGUUCAAGCCAUGCCAUGCAUUUGUCCAGCCUGAGAAGUACUAUGCAGCCUGUGUUUUUGAUAGCUGUGUACUUCCCAACCUAGACCUGGAAUGCUCAAGUCUGCAGAUCUAUGCUGCUGUCUGUGCUGAUCAAGGCGCAUGCAUUGACUGGAGAAAACACACCAAUGGUGUAUGCUGUAAGUAUGAAUGUCCUUCAGGUAAAGAAUACAGAGCAUGUGGUCCUAUUAAAGAGAUGACCUGCAAAUCAAGAGGACAGAAUGAGACAUCAACUAAACAAGUGGAAGGCUGUUUCUGUCCUAAUGGAACCAUGCUGUAUGACUCUGGUGUGGAUGUCUGUGUGAAAACCUGUGGCUGUGUCGGAGUGGAUAAGAUACCAAGAGAGUUUGGAGAAAAGUUUACAGUGGACUGUCAGGACUGUAUUUGCCUGGAAGGUGAACAUGGCAUUUUAUGUAAGCCUCAUGUGUGUGAUCAAAAGAAGGUCACAUGUGAUGGAGAAGGCUUCUAUGAGGUGGCUGAAGUCAAUCCUAAAGACUCCUGCUGCCCUCUUUUCACUUGCAAAUGCAAUACCAGCAUGUGCACGUCUAAAGCCCCCAAGUGCUCACUGGGAUUUGAAGUUCAUUCUUAUAUUCCCAGUGGUCAGUGCUGUCCUGUAUACCAAUGUGUUCCCAAGGGGGUUUGCGUACAUGAGAAUGCUGAGUUCUUGCCCAACUCCUCAGUCUUUGUUGACAAGUGUCAGAAUUGUGUCUGCACAAAUGAUGUUAACGUCGGCACUCAACUGAAUAUCAUCUCCUGUGAACGUGUCCCCUGCAACACAUACUGUCAACCAGGAUAUGAACUUAAACCAGUGAAAGGUGAAUGCUGUGGAAAAUGCGUGCAGACCAAGUGUAUUAUACACACAACAGACAAUUCUGAACUCAUCUUGAGUCCUGGAGACUUUAAAAAUGAUCCUCAAAACAACUGCACCAUUUAUAGCUGUGUAGAUAUCCACGACCAGCUUAUCGCUUCCACAUCUGAGAUUACCUGUCCAGCAUUCAAUGAGGACAGCUGCAAACCCGGAACUAUUUCAUUCUUACCUAACGGUUGUUGCAGAACAUGUGCCCCUCUGGACAGCAGCACACCGUGCUCUGUGCGCCACAGAACAGACUUUAUCGUCUACAAUGGCUGUCGCUCCGUGGACAGAGUUGACUUGACUGAAUGUGAAGGAACAUGUGGAACCUUCUCAGUAUACUCUCCUGAGGCCAAUUCUAUGGACCACAGCUGCUCCUGCUGCAGAGAAACAAGCACUACUGAGAAGGAGGUGGUUCUGAAAUGCCCUGGUGGGCACGCAAUGUCCCACAAGUACAUCUACGUGGAGAGCUGCAGCUGUCAAGACACUGAAUGCCAGAGGCCAAUGUCCAAUGAGCUGCAGAAAAAUGAAGAAAAUGACCAGGCAACCACUCUGAACAGGAUCAAGAGAGCCAUCAGCUUAACAUCAAAAUGA